CCCGCCCCCGGGUCACGUGGGCGAGCGGCGCUCCGGAGGGCGCGGGGCUGCGUCACGUGACCGAGGCUGCCGCUCGGCCCUGGGAUGGAGCCGGAAGAGGGGACGCCCCUGUGGCGGCUGCAGAAGCUUCCAGGCGAGCUGGGCCCGCAGCUUCUUCACAAAAUAAUUGAUGGCAUUUGUGGCCGGGCUUACCCUCUCUACCAGGAUUAUCACAGUGUUUGGGAUUCAACAGAAUGGAAGAAUGUUCUAGAAGAUAUCACCAAAUUUUUCAAAGCUGUAGUUGGUAAAAAUUUAUCUGAUGAAGAGAUAUCUCAGCAGUUGAAUCAGUUGAAUUCAUUUCAUCAACAAGCUAUCAUGAAAUGCUUGAAAAGUAGGAAAGAUGAGAUCAAGCAGGCUCUGUUAAAAGAAAUAGUUGAUAUUUCUUCUGCACAACUACAAGAUUUUGAUUGGCAGUUAAAGCUUGCACUGUCUAGUGACAAGAUCGCUACUUUACAAAUGCCACUCUUAAACCUUCAUCUAGACAUAAAAGAAAAUGGUGAAGUCAAACCGUAUUCCGUUGAAAUGAGUAAAGAAGAGCUGCAGAAUCUAAUAAGCUCCUUGGAAGCAGCUAAUAAGGUGGUCCUGCAGUUGAAAUAACUGGAAAUGGCAAAUACCAACACUGUCUGAGUCCACUGCUACCCCAGAUGCAGCCGAGUGAAUACUGUGUGUCCAGAACCCCUGUGCUAUACUGACUGUUUUGCUGUGCUGAGGAAGCAACAGUGUUGGGAUUGCAGAGAUAAAAAUGUAUCGCUUCCCAGAAGAACAGGAAAUGACAUGGUUGACAGGAAAUGCAUAAAAAAUGAUAGAUGAAAAAUCUAUAAUAGCAGUUUAUAUUUUCCUAAUGGCUGUUUCGCCUCAUUUAUUAAAUAUUUGAGAAAUCUUUAUAGACAGUUUUAUUGAAAGCUAAAAAUAGGCUCUAAAGUAAUGUAAACGUAAAAAGCACAAAUAUACUUGAAUGUUGCUUAAAGAAAUAUAUGAAUAGCAAGGAUGUGUAUUAUGGAUAUAUAUGAUUAAUUUGUAUUAUUUUAAAAAAUAACUUUUAAAGAAUGUAUGAGCUGCAUAUAUAACUCAGGAGAUUCCAUAACUUUCUUCUAUUUCAAAGGAAAGAUUAUAAAAUGUAAAAUUUCUUAGAGAAAGAAGCUCCUCUUCAGACAUGAACAAGAAAAAAAUAAAUUUGUCUCAACAGUUUUGAGUUUAUGAAUUCUAGAGAUUAAAAUCUUUUACUCGAGUAGAAAAAAAUGAAAGUAACGCUGUUACGUCUGCAUUUCUGUGUCUGAUUGGGAGGGUGUGCUUUGAUAAAAAGAAUAGAUGUCAUUGUAUAGUGUGUAUAUAUAACUAUUCAGAUAUCAGCUGAGAUUAAAUAUAGGUCUAGUUUUGUGACAGAAUUUUAAUAUUGAAGUAAAUUGUUUUGGGUGUUAACUUCACUGGAAAACAGACCGUUUUUAAUUUCAGUUAACUUUAAAAACAAGCAUUCUGAACAAAUAAAAAAUGUCAUUUUAUUUUUA